GUAUAGCACAAAUUAAACAAGUUUCAUAGCACUACUAUCUUGAUCGCACUAGCAAAAGCCAUAGCUAACAAUGAUAAUAUGUGACAAAGUUGGGACAAUAAUUUAGUUUUAUGCUAGAAAACAUUUUAAAAUUCAUAUGGAAUAAUUUACUGUGGACUUGAACAUUUCUUUAUACACAUAUAUUUCCUUAAUCAAUAUUCAUUCGUCAAUAAUAUUUGUCAAGAGUUUUUCACGUAAUUCUUAAUUAAACUUUCCUGAUAGUCAUUUCACUUUUGGUUCGAAUUAGUACAAUGGAAAUUCGUAAAAGUAUUGAAGCAAAUUUUCUCACUUGUAAACAUUGUCAUCUACCAUAUAAACAGCCUAAAUCUUUAGUAUGCUUACAUUCAUUUUGUCAAUCAUGUCUAGAAGAUAUAAUUUCUAAACGUAAAGCUGAUGAAGAAGCUAAAGAAAUUGAAACAUUAAAACUUUUAUAUAAAUCAUCUAAUUCAAGUGAUUAUUCAUCUGGUUAUCGACGUAAAUGGUCAUCACGUUUUCGUUAUGGUGAUUAUUCCAAUUCCGCAUAUGGUUCUUCACGUUAUAAUCAUACUGUUACAACAAAAGAUGAUGUCAUUACUUGUCCAAUUUGUCAAAAAGAUACUAUUGUACCAAGUGGUGGAGUGACAAGUUUACCAGCUGAUCAAUUAACUGAUAAACUUGCUUCUAUGGUUGAUCGUAUGCCUAAUUUUCCGGUUUGUGAUGUUUGUACUAAAGAACCUUUGUUAACUGAUAAUCAUUUAAAUGGGAUUCAAUCAUCACGAUCAAGUUUAUCAGCACAAUUUAAAAGAACUCAAUGUACAAGUUUUAACAGAUGUGAUAAUAAUGAUGAUACAUUAAGUGAAGAUGACAGUGAUGCCGAUGAAGGAGUGUCACUUGACAAAUUAAGCAUACGAGAUAGCAUGGAUAAUUCAGAAACAUUAAGCCCAAAAACCACACGUUCAUCUACUCACCUUUACAAAGAUAGAAAUGGAAAACAUACACGUAAAUCGCUUACUUCAAAUCGUCGGCGAAAUGAUUCAUCUGGUCCAAGACCUGCUAUUGCAGCAUGUUUAGAAUGUGGUAAACGACUGUGUAGUUUUUGUCAAGAAGCUCAUUCUAGAAUGCCUGUUACAACUAAUCAUGUACUUAUACAAGUAGAUCAAAUGGAACAACUUCGAUGUAAUCGACAUCCUCGUGAGUUAAGACGAUUUUUUUGUUUAACUUGUCGUGCAUAUAUAUGUAUCAUAUGUGCUUUCGAGACUGUUAAUGAUAGUACACCGUUAUCAGAAGAAAGUUUAGCGUAUACUGGUCAUGCUGAUCAUGAUAUACUAUCUAUGAGACAGGCUGUUGCCGCUUAUCAAGAUCAGCUAAAUAUUAAAAGUGCUGAAACUCAGUCACAUAUGAAUCAAAUUGAAAUAUUUUUAACUGGACUACAAAUAUGUGAAAACGAAAUGCGUCAACUACGUACAAUGGUUGAAGAAACUGCAAUGGCAUUUGUUGAUCGUAUUCAUUUACAGAGGGCGAAACUAUGUGAACAAGUUGAUAAAAUGCUCGGUGUUGAACUAGAUCAAAUAACAACUGAAUGCAAUAGAUUGACAAGUGCUACAACAGCAUGGUAUAAUUUUAUCAAUGACGACCGUGUAACUAGUAGACUAGAUCUUAUGGAUCCUAUUGAGGCACUGACUGAAGCGGGACCAAUGUUAGACCGAUUAAAUCGUUGUUUACAAUUAGCUUCAAGUUCAGUAUUCAAUAGUCCUAACUGGCAGUUAUUUUUAUCACAACUAGCUAUAGCAGAGAAUUCUGUUCAGAAUACUGAUAAUAGUUUAACACAGUUAGAAGAAAUGAACUAUGAGAAUACUGAUAAAAAGACAAAUAACAAUAAUGAUGAUGAAGAUGCUUGUAACGAACAAACAAUAGAAGAUCCACGUAUUGCAUUUUGGCGUUCAAGAAUAGGUCAUUUUCAAUCAGGUGAAGUUAACUUAGGCAGAAUAGUUACACCAAGUCAAUUAGCUGCCGAGUCAAAAGCAAAAGCUGCCCAGUUUGUUAAUACACAUGUACAAACUGGUCCUGAGUUGAUUAAAACACUGCCCCCACCAAAAGGUGCAUUACUUCAUCGUGCUAUACAAGUUGACUUUUUAAAUGCAAAUUUAGACGAUCGAGGCACUCAAACAGAAUCACCAACUACAGCAAAUGUAUUUAAUUUUAAAAUUGACGCUGGUACACAAUAUCUAAGUUCGGAUGUCAAUCCUCCAGUUAGCAUUUAUCGAUCAAUUAAACAAAUUUUAGUUCAAAAGUGAUAUUUAAUAAAUUUCAUUCACUAUACUCUUCUUUCAAUGAGUAAGUUUCAUUGACAAUUAGAAUUUUUUUAAUGUUUGUCAAGUGAAGAAGUAUAUAAUCAAAAAUAUACAAAUCUUGAAUUUUUUUUUAUCAAACAAUGUGAUGCUUCUACCCUUGCACAAUUUUUUUCAAUACAUCACUGACAGUUUAAUUUCCCAUUCAAUGAUUUAUUAUUUGACAAAAAUGUUAUAAUAUUUCCUUAGAAUGCCCAAUUAAAUUUCAUUUAUGCAACUAUCAACAAGAACAGUUUAUACUGAACGAUGGAACGAAUCUUUGUUUUUCUCUAAAAAGUUGUCAUUUAUUUUUUCUCACAGCAUAAAUGUUAUCUAUACUUAAUUGAAUUACCAACGAGUUGAAAUGUUAUGAUCUCUCUUGAAAAAAACUGUGUACUUCCGAUUGUUGUUUUGGACAUCUUCUUACAUUUUUAUAUUAUUAUAAUGGGUUAUUUAUAUAAAUACAUAUAACUGAUAUAAAGAUUUGAAAUCUACCUAACAUUGUUCUAUUAAAUUAAUCUUACUGAGGCAGAAACUAACGGUUUCACAUACACAAACAAUAGCGAAGCAUUAUUGUUGAUUUCCAAGGGGUUGUAUUUAUUUUGAAAAUGAAAUAUUACAAAUGCUUCAUUGAAAUUUAAUAAUUAAAACUCAUCAACAUUAUCAAGACUUAACCUUGAAUGAAGCAAAGCUACGCUUCUCUGAAGGUACCAUAAAACAAUAACUGGUUGGCUACUUUUUAAGAGUAUUUUCAAUUUCAGAAAAAACACAAACAUAAUCUUAAAAUUAUUUAAUAACUCAUUUACAGAAUCAUGGAUAUUUCUCAAUUCGAAAUAGUAAAAAUUAAAUGGUAGAUUAACAGAAAUAUUGGAGCAUUUAUUACACUGAAUUAAUUUUCUUAUUUCAAUAAUUACAAAUUUU